AGAGAGAGAGGGAGAGAGAGAGGUGUGUUCUCUAACCCACGCAUUGGAGUGGGAGACAGCGUGCACACUAGCACGUGCACGCACUCACACACACUGGUGUGCACGGAGUGUGUGUGUGUCAUGCUGUGGCAGUGUGUGGGCUGAAUCCGACCAGCCUUCCACUCAUCCUGCCUCUCCCUCUCUCCCUCCUCUUCUUCUUCUCUCUCUCCUCAUCUCCAGAUACACCUCCUCCUCUUCCUCCUACUCCUCUUUUUCUUUUCAUCCUCCUCCACCUCCUCUCUCCUCCACCUCCUCUCUCCUCCACCUCUCCAUCUCUCUCCAUCAGUCCUUCCUUUCCUUCUCAGUUUGUCAUCAUGGAGAACGAGUCGGUGAUCUUCUGGGAUGGGCAGGGCAGCUCCCAGAAUACUCUGUGAAACUCCGAGAACCUUCACUCAGGGAUACUACACCUACUACAGACACCUACCAAGUACUUGGGUGACUUCUCACCGGAUUACAGGCGAUCCGAUCAGAACCCGAGCAGACGGAACCCUGCACCAGAACCCAGGAGAACCAGUCCGUAGAGAGGGACCGGGACCAGAAGAGACCAGUCGAGACCAGUAGAAAUCAGUAAAGGCCAUUGGAAAAGUUUGAUGGGACUGCUGACGAUAGCCACAUGCCUCUGAGUCCGGUUGCUGACACCAAACAUGAUCGCCCACGGCAACAGGCGGUUACUAACGGCAACUCGACAGGCUCUGCUGUUGCCAGGGACGACGACGCGGAUGACACGCCCCCUGGAAACAGUAUUGUCGUCCGCAUUGGUAUCCCAGACCUGCAGCAGACGAAGUGUUUGCGGUUGGACCCAGAGUUCCCAGUUUGGACCAGUAAGCAGAGGGUUCUGGUGACGUUGACUCAGUCUCUGUCGGAUGUUUUGAACUAUGGUCUCUUCCAGCCGGCGUUCAACGGCCGAGCCGGAAAGUUUCUGGACGAGGAGCGGCUGCUGAAGGAGUACCCUCUUCCUCCCAUCACUCCCAUCCCAUAUCUGGAGUUCCGUUAUAAGCGGAGAGUUUAUACCCAGAGCUACGUGGACGAUAAGCAGCUGGCCAAGCUGCACACCAAGGCAAACCUGAAGCGUUUUAUGGAACAUGUUCACCAGAAGAAUGUGGAGAAGGUUUCCAAAUGGCUGGAAAAGGGCCUGGACCCCAACUUCCACGACUCUGACACAGGAGAGUGUCCUCUGACUCUGGCCGUCCAGCUGGAGGACAGCGGGGACCUGAUCAAAGUGCUCCGCAGCGGAGGAGCCCACCUGGACUUCAGGACCAGAGACGGCAUCACAGCUCUGCACCGGGCCGUCCUGUGCCGGAACAGCACCUCGCUCACGACCCUGCUGGACCUCGGGGCGUCUCCGGACUACAAAGACAGCCGAGGCCUGACGCCGCUCUACCACUCCGCCAUGGUGGGUGGAGCCCCCUACUGCUGCGAGCUGCUGCUGCAGGACCACGCCACCAUCGGAAUGACGGAUGAGAACGGCUGGCAGGAAAUCCACCAGGCAUGUCGCCAUGGCAACGUGCAGCACUUGGAGCACCUGCUGUUCUACGGCGCUGACAUGAGUUCCCAGAAUGCAUCGGGCAACACGGCGCUGCACCUCUGUGCUCUCUACAACCAAGACAGUUGUGCCAGAGUGCUGCUGUUCAGAGGAGCGAAUAAGGAUAUAAAAAACUACAACAAUCAGACUGCCUUUCAGGUGGCAAUAAUCGCUGGGAACUUCGAUCUUGCAGAAAUCAUAAAAAUCCACAAAACGUCUGACGUUGUAGUUCCCUUCAGAGAAACCCCAUCCUACACAAAGCGCCGCAGGUCGGGUGGGGGGCGGUCCUUGGCAGGAAACGGGCUGUCCUCUCCUCGCUCUUUGAUUCGCUCGGCCAGUGAGAACGUCUUGGAAAGCCCGGCCUCCUCUCCAGGCCCCUCCCUCCAAAGCCUGGAGACGCAUCACGACACGCACACACACUCGCUGCGGCGACACCCGCGGCGACUCAGCCCGAGCGGGGGAGGCCACGCGGAGGCCAGCCCCCCCUCGUCCCCGCCGCCAACCCCCCAGAUGAGGAAGAGGAGGCUGUACAGCGCCGUGCCGGGACGCACCUUCAUCGCCACCCGGUCCCACGUACCCCAGGGGCCCGGGGAGAUCCAGCUGCACCGAGGGGAGAGGGUCAAAGUUCUGUCCAUUGGGGAAGGAGGAUUCUGGGAAGGGAGCGUUAAGGGACGAACCGGCUGGUUUCCUGCAGAGUGCGUGGAGGAAGUCCAGAUGAGACAAUACGACCCCCGGCUGGAGACGAGGGAGGACCGCACCAAGAGGCUGUUCAGACAUUACACCGUAGGAUCCUACGACAACUACACCUCCUACAGUGACUAUGUGAUCGAGGAGAAGACGGCUGUGCUGCAGAAGAGGGAGAGCGAAGGAUUCGGCUUCGUCCUCAGAGGAGCUAAAGCUGAGACACCCAUCGAGGAGUUUGCCCCCACGCCAGCAUUCCCCGCCUUGCAGUACCUGGAGUCGGUGGACCAGGGGGGCGUGGCCUGGAGAGCGGGGCUACGGACCGGGGACUUCCUCAUUGAGGUGAACGGCACCGAUGUGGUGAAGGUGGGGCACCGGCAGGUGGUCUCUCUGAUCCGACAGGGGGGGAGUCGACUGCUGAUGAAGGUUGUAUCGGUUUCCAGGAAAUCUGAAACCAACCUGGUCCGGAAGAAAGCUCCGCCCCCUCCGAAGCGGGCCCCCAGCACUUCGUUGACACUCCGAUCCAAGUCAAUGACCGCUGACCUGGAGGACAUAGCCAGGAGGAGACGCUUCGACAAACUGGACGAGAUGUUGGCCGGAGGUCAACAGGAAGUUGUCCUGAGGGGCCGACCGUCAGACGACUUCAGGGCAGCGACGGUGAAACAGAGGCCGACGAGCCGCCGCAUCACACAAGCCGAGAUUAACUCGUUGUUUGAGCGCCAGGGUCUGGUGCCGCCUUCGGCUCCUCAGAAAAGCACCAUGGCUUUACCUCGAGGGAUGUCCAGAACCAAGAGCUUUGGCACACCGGAGGACGACAGGAUCUCGGCUCUGAUCAAUGAAAGUCGGUUUCCGCGGAGCUCCUCGCUGACAGACAGCUUCAUCCCUCCUCCUCCUCAGCAGGCUCCGCCCCCUCCUCCUUCAGCCUCCUCCACCUCCACCUCGCCGCUCUUCCUUCUCGAUUCCGGCCCUCCUCCCUCCUUCCUCCCGCCCCCUCCCCCUGCCAGAGGGGAGGGGCUGACCCGCUCCAGCUUCAAGCCGGGGGCGGAGCCCAGGCUCCAGGAGCUCUGCGAUUCGCCAACGCGGAGCCACGCCCACGCGGAGCGGCAGAGGAAGGCGAGGUCGAUGAUCAUCCUGCAGGACACGCCGCCGCAGCUUCAGGCCGACGGCCACGCCGCCGCGCAAGCACUGCACACCGCCACGCACACACAUCACACCCCUACGCACACUGCUACGCACACUGCCACGCACCACACCCCCACGCACACCCACCACACCCCCACGCACACCUCCACGCUGUCUCUGCACAGCACCAGCCCCGCCCUCGGCCACUCGCCACUUUCACGCCGCCGGGGACGACCAAUAGAAAACCCGUACGCCAACGUGGGACAGCAAGCGCCGCCCUCCAAGCCCCAGAGGAGGAAGUCGCCUUUGUUAAAACAACUUCCUGUUGAGGAGCAGGGACUGAGAGACCUGGACUUGCUGAAGGUGGACGGAGGUGGACACGGCAGCCCGAGUCGGGCGGAGCUCUACCAGCAGCAGGUCCUCUCAGAACGCGCUCGUGUUCAGGGUCGCAGGUCGUCUCUCUUCCUGUCGGUGGAGGGGUCCGGGUCGGAGAACCAGGUGCCACCCCUGCUGACUCUCAGCCAUUCGAUGGACGACCUCGGCGAGCUUCCUCCGCCGGCUCCGGUCCUGUCGCCCUCGCCGACGCCCCACACCUUCCUCCACCCGCUGACCGGGAAACCUCUGGACCCUUCAUCUCCACUCGCCCUGGCACUUGCCGCACGUGAACGAGCGCUCACUGCCCGCACGCCGAGCCCAGAGCCCAGAUUAAAACACGUCUCUGCCUCCACUACACCCAUCCCGACCCCAGCUGCCAGCCCCGAGGGCCGACACAAGCGCACCCCUAUCACCACCCCGCAGAGCAGCCCCGAGCCCCGGUCCAAACGCACCACCCCGCAGACAAGCCCCGAGCAACGAACCAAGCGCACCACUCCCCAGACCAGUCCCGAGCUCAGGCAUAAACGCAUAACCCCCCCCUUGUUCCCCGACGGACAGGUGGAGCGCCCGGAAACCGAGGGAGGAGUGACAUCACCUGCCGCCCCCUCCCCUGAGCGCUGGAGGCCCACCCCAUUGCCUCCGCUGGCCAACGAGAGUCACCCUGCUCUGAUUGACAGGCGCAGAAGCCUCACAGUGGGCAGCUCAGAGGAGGAGGGCGGGGCUUACACAGUUACCCUCCCACCAGCGCUUUUGUCUUCCAGUGACGAAGAAACUAGGGAGGAGCUUCGCAGAAUCGGCCUGGUGACCCCACCCGCUGCCUUCGCCAGUCCUCCUCCUCUGCCUCCCCCAUCCUCCCUCAGCCUGUUACCCCGGCGAGUUGGGGAAGGGGGAGGCGAGAGUGGUGCUGAAUCCAUUGGUAGACGAGGAGAUGAGGAGGAAGGAAGUGACGAACGACACCACGACAGCUCCUCCCCCAGCUCCCUCCCUCCCUCCAUUACCCUGGCUUCCCCUUCUGAUCCCUCCUCCCAACAGGCCACUCACCCUUCCCCGUCCUCCCCUUCUACCUCCCCCAUCGGCCUCAAGCCCCGCCUCCGCUCACCUAUAGGUCGGGGUCGCUCUGCGCUUCGUGAUCCGCUGCUGAAGCAGUCGUCGGACAGUGAGCUCCUCCCGUCGGCCGCGUCUGCGUCCUCCCCUACCUCCCCGCUAUGCUCCUCCCCUACCGGCGGCGGCGGUCGACAGCCACGUUACCUGUUCCAGAGAAGGUCGAAGCUGUGGGGGGGCGGGGACGACCGCGAGGAGCGCCGAGGCUUUGGCCCGGACGAAACCGGGCGUCCGGCCGCGCUGGGAGGUCAAGUUUCAGGAUCCACCGCGGAUCUCAGCAACCGGUCAGCGUCGGCGCUGGAGCUUAGCGGCAGGGCGGGCUCUGGACUGGAUCUGGCCAAUCGGCUGCAGCUGCUAAACAAAGAUAGUCACUCACUCGGAGAGGAGCCAAGUCCCCUCGAUCCGGGCCGGAGGUCACCAGUAGGAGGCGCCAGGUUGUUCUCCAGUCUGGGUGAACUCCACACCAUCUCCCAGAGGGGAUACGGCGCCAGCUACACGGUCCGACCGGGGAGCCGCUAUCCCGUGACCCGCCGGAGCCCCUCCCCCUCUCCCUCCCCGUCCGACAGGUCAAUAGGUCACGCCUCCUCCACCGCCCCCUGCUCCGAAAGGCCCGACCUGAGCUCGGGCCGCGGCCUCACUAUCCUGAAGUCGUCCAGCCUCAGCCUCCCCUCGGAACCCAAGGAGGUUCGCUUCGUCAUGCGCAGUGCCAGCGCGCGGACCAGGUCCCGCUCGCCCUCGCCCUCGCCACACGCCUCGCCCUGCCCGUCCCCAGUGCUGAGCGGGCCCCUGCUGGCCCUACGGCCGUGGAGGCAGCGGCCCCUCAGCCUGUGGAAUAAGUACGAUGUAGGCGACUGGCUGGAGAGCGUGGGCCUGGCCGAGCACCGCCAGCGCUUCCAGGAGCACGAGAUCGAGGGCUCCCACCUGCCAGCUCUCACCAAGGAGGACUACGUGGAGCUGGGCGUCACCAGACUGGGGCACCGGAUCAACAUCGAGAGGGCCCUCCGGCAGUUGCUGGAUGGUUCCACUUGACAUCUCACCUUCGACCACUGACCUCUAGACAUCCCGAACUGCGACCUCAUAACGCCUGACCUCUGGUCAGGCACUAUCUCUUUGACUAGAAUAUCUGAGCAGCGACUGAGUCUUUGGACCGUUUUACCAACGUGGACCUCAGCUCUUUGAUCAACCCCAAGCGAACUGGAAGUCCCAAUAUUUGCGUCCAUUAGAAGCUUUUGUCUUACUUUACAUCUCAAUUUAGUUUACUUUAUAUCACUAUGGAUUAAAAGCUCCCAAUUAAAUUUCUCUAUUUUAAAAUCCCUAAUGAGUCAUCCUGGUUGCUCUGAAGUUUUGCGUUUUUAACAACGCGCAAGAGAGCAAUGUUCUUACACCAAGAAAAAAGACAAAAAUGGGUUAUCGAAGUCCCCGACAAAUCAACUAACUGUUAACUGAAGCUAUCUACGUUAGCGCACUGAGCUAAUCUGGGGUCAUUGAUCAAAGAGCUGAUCUGACAAACUGAUAAAUAUAACGAGAAGGGUUGUUUUUCUUUGCACCAUUCUGCUUCCCCAGACAAGUUCAGCCGUUAUUUCGCGAGCCUAGCUGGAUGAUUGCGAGCAACAGGAAGUCUCCACUUUACUGAACAUCGGGAGAUUAGUGGAGAAUAUUACUCCUUCUUUUUCUUGUGAUUUGUUUUUUUCUUCUGAAUAUCACCCAUGAAGACAUUUUCUGUUUUUUUUCAAGUGCGUAUCAUAACGCCGAUCAUUUAGAAUUUUGCGAGUAACAGGUAAUAAUAACGUGAUGGUGAUGACUUUACAGAGUUUAUAAUAGUAUGGAUAAAACGAUUUUGAGUUCCUUAUGAUUUGACGAUGAGUUAAAUUUUGGGGGUCGUUUCGGUGACCUUUGAGAUUCAUGAUGAUUUGUCAAUGAGUGUGACUUUGUGCUGACGUGCCGUGUGUUUCAGGGAGAGCUGCACCUGAGCUCCAACUGGUUUCUAACCUGCUUAUCGAGGGCUUACUGUACAUGGUGCUAUCUGUUUAAAGCCAUCUGUACAGAAAAAUACCUUCCCCUGCUACUCCUUCCUUUGACUAACACAACAACUCAACUUAAACCGCCCUCUUCCCUUAAAUCUAGUAUUCCUAAAUAAUCCUUCAAGUGUGGCUGUACCUGCCAUAACCACCCCAGGGUGACGGUAACUUUGCCAGGACCAGGCCAUAUAUGGAGUUUCCUCCUUGCCAUAUUAGGGAUUUGUUUCCCUGCCAUAAUUGGAGUUUCCUUCAGAACAUAUAUAGAUUUUCCCAGAGUUUAAAGCGUGCCUCAAAUGACGCCUGAUUACGAUGUGUUAGUUUACGAGUCAAGAUGUGGUUCCUCCUAAAUUUGUUGAUAAUUUAAUUAUAAUAAAGAGCUUCGCAAGAAGCGGUCAGUACGGUUUACAAAGCUUCGCAAAAAGUUAAACUUGACAUUAUGGGUGAACUCACACCUAAUUUAAUUUUAUACCACUGCACUCGAACAAAGUAUUCUGCUUUGAUUCAUAUUUUUUGGAUUUAAGCCUUUUAAAACACAAAGAACCUGUAUUACCGGGGUUGGUUGAGCAGCAUUCAAAGACCACCAUAAUUCACAAUUAAACAACAUACCAUAACAAAAAAGAAAAUAAUGAAGGUAAUGAGGUCAAUAGACAUUCAAAGCUUUGUGUGAAAAAACUAUCUCGAUGUAUUGCCCUAAAAUAAAGAAUUCUAAUCAAGGUUUAAGGUUAAAACGUUUUGGAAUGCUAUUGCUAGGCCGCCUGCUCUGCUAGCUGACGCACUUUAUACUUAAACUUUUCACCACAUUAUGCAAAAUCUGUGGACACUACUUUUAAAGAACCAGUUGCUUCUUGUUCCAUCUUACCCACAGAGCUUUGACCCGUGUCUCUGCAGGAAGGAAGGACGGAUUUAGCCUGGCUUAGCACAGAGGGUUUAGCCUAGCUUAGCACACAGACUGGACGCGGCUCAAAUCAGAAGGGAAAAAAUGCACCUUACAACCACCAAUUUGUCAGACUAACAUGUUGUAUCUUGUUAGCUAGCAGGGGUGGAACGUAACUAAGUACAUUCACCGUACUGAGGUACCGUUUACUCGUUACAAGCCACAUACCUCUAGGUUGUUGCACACAAUAGAGUUGAAUAUAGUAGAUUGUCCCAUUUUCAUUCAUUACACCUUCAAACCAGCACAAUAAACAAGGUACAACAAGUAAACAAGACCUUGGAAGUCCCUGCAAGGUAUGUUUAUUCACUCAGAAGCUCAGUUAAAAGCAAGAUAAGUUACUUUACUUUUAUAUCUUGCUUUCCGUCACAUUGCUAAAGCUGAACUAAAUAAACCACCUGACAAGUUCAAUUCCCGCCUCUCAAAGCACAAUCAACGCUCCAGUGCCUGUUUCCACAGCAACAAACCUACUUUAUCAAGCGUUUUAGUCCUGACUGAAGUACCUGCAUUCAACAUGAAGCCUAAUCACGACUCCCAAAGUUGUAGAAAUUCACGCGCCCCUUUUAUGUGAAAAGUUAUUAUCUCACAGAGGUAUAGAGGGUAUAGUCUUUGUACAUCACAUUACAGUAGACUUUAUAUUUACUUUAUAUAAUAUAUAUUAUGGUUGAAUAAUGUAGCUAUAGUGUAAUAUAUAAAGUAUAAUAGACAAUAAGAUGUAUACAGUAAUAUUUUGGUAGACCGUAGUCUAUUAGGGCUUUAGUGUGAUAUUCAGCCUUUGUAAUCAGCCACACAUCAGCUGUUUAACCCUCACAUUUAGAGAGUAACUUAAUCACCUUCUAAAUACACUCGUGUGAGAUCAUUAAUGUCAACGGUGACUUCAACAUAUCAUUAAUUCAAACUAAUAUGUUGCAGGCAUAGUUAUUCCCGUUUGGUCCAAUCUGAGAGACACAUUCCUCUUUGAUUCUACUUAUGUUAAGCUUUUACCAGUUGAGAAGUAUCAAAGGUUAUAAAUAACUAAAACUGCCUUUGUUAGUCUUGUGGUACCUUACUACACUUUAUAACCUCGUUGCUGGAGCUUAAGGCUUUUAAAAAAAAGUCAUCAUACCCUCAGAUGGGUGAACCCUGGUUACUUUCACAACCUAACAGCAUCUGGCCGACAUCCGUCGGGUCUCAGGCGGUUCAAAGUUUUUGUAUCUUCUCUGAAUAGAAAUAUAUUAUUGUGACAAUCAAUUUGUACUCCGUAUGAACAAUUGUGAAGAAAAUUAUAUGAAACUUUCACAUCGCAAACGUUUGGCCAUGCUUGGCCUUUUUUUGGCUAUUCUAUUUUUUUUUUUAUGCUUCAAAGAUCACAUUUGCCGAGUUCAGCACAUCGCAAUUGUCGCAAAGAAUUGCAAAAAAUCUUCAAACAUUGUAAAAACGUGCAUACUGGAAGCAUCCCAAUGCCUUCAGCUGCUGACGUGACCUUCAAUGCCAAUACAAAUAGAACGUAGCUGUUUACGCUGAAUGAGUAUCACAUAUUAACCGUAUGUAGUAUAAAUUAUAACGGACUAUGGUCUACCGUGCAUAGUCCUCCACCCACAGUGAGUCAGCGAUGGAGAUGUCAUGUGAGCUCCUGACUACUGACCUCAGCUUCCAUUAUAGCCCAAGCAGACACACAAGCUUGUUUGUUUAUUGAAGGAUUUCUCAGCCAAUCAGAAACCUGCCGCGAGCAAAGCUGAAGUCUGUGGUGUUCCUCCGUUGAAAAAAGUAGUUCCUUCCUUUCUCCAAGUCUAUCUUAGAUAUUAAUAGUUAACAUCAUUCAAAAAGAAAUAACAUAAAUUGAUCUUUUGUAUAUAUCACUCCUUUGAAGUGAUAUAAGCAUCUAACAGUGAAAACGUUUACAUGCACACUAAUAUUUCACUAUUAUUACAAAAAUGUUGUGAUACAGCAGUCUGUUAGGAUACUCUGAAUUAAUAUGUGUGGGAUACGUCGAAAUUAAUUGUAGGACGUAAGCUAUGGAGGAAUAUUCAUUUUAAUGAGCUAUAAUUUAUGGCACAAAACAAAAUAAUUCUGUGCACGUAAACGUAGUCAUUGACAGCAGCCACUCUGUAACACAAGAAAUUUUACUUUAGAUGCUUAAAGUAUAUUUUCAUGCUUCAGUUGGAUUAUAAACAAAAAGCUGUAUUAAAAGAGGUUGUGUCUCGAUUUCAAAAAUCUACUGUUAGCCUCGUGAAACGGCCAAAAAAUACAGCAAAGAACCAAAAUGGCUGCUGCUGCCAUCUGAUAUUGUUUACCAUGACAACGCCUCAACUCCCUGCUGGUUGGCUGAGAAUCCUGGCUUUCUUACCUGCGUGUGAAACCUUCCUCUUUCCUGAUAUUCACCUGGUUAUAAUGGUUUAAUGGUUACCCUCCUCCUCCUCUUCCCUAGCUUCCUCUUUUUAGAGUAUGUUUGUAGUUUCUUCUGGAGUGAGUGGUGUGUGUGCACUUGUAGUUUAUUUUCUUCCCUUUUCUAAAAACUAAGAGCACACAAACGACAACCGAUGGGCUCUGGAACGCAACAGAUUGUAAUCUUUAUAAUAAACUGUCAUUUAUUACAAAGUUAACAA